GUCAUUGAAUGUCCUGUCCUUUUAAUCCUCAAUCUUGGCGACGAAAAUGACUGAUACAGAAGAUAUUAGUUCCAGCCGUCCUUCUUGCUCUUCAUGUGCAAAACUACGGGAGGUUUGUAACACAUUUGUUCAAGAUUUCCACGUUCCCAUAACGUUCUAGGAGCGUUUCGGACAUAAGGUGUUUAAAACGCCAACAUAAUGUUAUGAUUCUGAUAUUCCCUUACGACAAGUCAAGAAAACGAUUUAUUGCGUUCUAGCUGCGUACCUAACGAUUUAAACAAUCUUUUUAGACAAAAACGCCUUGACAGUACUUAAUUUUUUGCGCUGUAUAUGUAAAGAAAAAAACAUGUUUUCAGCCCCCCCUUGGAUUGAUCACAGCUCAACAUUUAAAUUUACUGAUGUGCGAUUUCAAGGUGUUUUGAUUAACACGAAGAGGUCUAGAAUACUGUAAAACACGUUUGAGAAGUGCAUGUUCAUGCUAAAUGCCAAUGUAGACCCUUUCAUUUUUUGCAAUUUUGAUUUAAACUGGUUUUUAUUAGGGAAUGUGUAUUUCCAGUGACACUACUGGAAAGCUUAACAGCACCUUUAAAUUCAUGAACUUGCCAUCUGAAGCCAGCAAAGAUAAAACUCUGCAAAAUUUUACAGACUGAAAUUUGUGUAUUUGGGGGACACAAACUGUUCCACCACAAUACAAGCAUCUAUGAAAAACUUCACGACUUUGCAGACCAUAUCGUCAUUUGUUUUCAACAAAAAAAUUAGCGAAUAUACUAAAUUUAAGGGUUUUUUUCCGGCAGUGCUGGGCCUAGUAAUGUUUGAAAGAUGGAUAAUGCUAUCCAUUGGAUAAAUCUCUGUCCAGUGUAUGGUGCAAUUGGUUUUGUUUGCCCCCCAGCCAAGAUGGCAUCAUAAACCAUGAAAAGGUCUAUUGGUCAGGAGCCAGCUCCUGUAUUGGUCCAUGUCAAAAAUUGUGGGGGAGGAGGCAAGGUCUGUGGACCAUUCCCGUGAGGUUGUGACUGUUGCAUGUGAAAUUCAUUCUCAUGCCGACGGAAUUUUUUUUGUCUUCUAUGAAUAAUUGGGGCUAGGAAGCAAAUGAAAUUGUCAAUAAAACAAAGUUAAAUACUGGUUUAACCUAAGAGCACAGUGGCAGAUCCAGGGGAAGGGCCUAGGUCCCCCCUGAUUUUUAGACCAAACUGAGGCCAAAAGGGCCGAAAAAAAAGUUUUUGGCAACCCCCCCUCCUCAUUCAAGGGUCUGGGUGACCACCCCCCCCCCAUCUCAAGGUCUGGAUCCAGCACUGGAGCAGAUAUUACCAAUUAUUAUUUGUCGAGCAGGUCUGUAGGCUUCUCUCAGGUUUUUGUGAUCUUCUGAAAGAACUAACUUAUCUAAACAAAAAACAGGGUGUAAAAUAAUUAAAAUUACUAUCCGUACUUAAUUAAAAUAGUGAUUUAUCUUUUCACUCCUAGAACAUGUUGUGCCAAGAUUAUUUACCUUAAUGUGGACAAAAUUUUAUGGUGAUACCAUUCAAGUGAAACCUCUUUGGAAGAACUUCCCAAAAAUACUAUUUCUUUUGCAGAUCCACAAUAAUUAUAUUAAGUAAUGAUCCAGGUAAGAAGGAAAGCAAUUUCUAUUGUUGUGGCGCAAUACGCUUUCCUGACAUAGAAAUGUUUUCAUUUUUACGCAGAGAGUGCAUAAAUCUACAAAAAGGCUGUUUACGAAAGAAAAUGUAUUUAAACUCCACUUUUAAAGGGUGUAUUUUUGUGUUAAAACAUUUCGACCAAUCACAAGAGUUGCAAACAAUGGCCAAGAAAUGUUCACAAUUUUACGUGAUCCGCACAUACGAUUUCUGUGUUACUUAGACUCAGAUGAGAUUUUGUUACAAGGAAGUUGGAUAGAAAAAAAAGGAUUGAUGUACAUGCUGCUUUGCGAAGAUUUCGUAAAAUUUGAUGUUUAAACCAAUCAGAACCUUAGUAGAGACAAUAGUAAAGUUAGCACCUUUUUGCAUUCCGACGUGUUCACUGCGUUUUGGUCCUUUCCUUCUUAUCUGGACCAUUACUUAAUUAUUACUACUAUGGAAUUCCACUCAUUUUAGGCCUCCAAUUGAAAAACAGUUAUGACGUAGUGAUAUUGUGGCAACGACAAUAUGCUGUCCUAUUCAUUUUGGCAACGACAAUAUGCUGUCCUAUUCAUUUUACUAAUUUUCCUUUCCUUUCAGGCACUUGAGGCUUCAAAAAAAGAACAUUCACUGACGUUGAAAAUAGUCAAGGAAAAGAUUAUAUCCACAGAGUAGGUAGACAUCUCUUGUUUUACAUGUACCAAGGUGGUUUUUUAAGAAAAAUUGAAGGAAGCCUAGUUAUCUGAAGCCGUAAAAUCUAAGGUGUAUUUAAGGAUUUUCUAGUCCCCUGGGAGCAAUAGUUAGGUGGCAGGGGCCAGUGGGGACUGUUACAGCGCAGCCUUUUGUACAAUAAAUACCUUGUCAUUAGUCCUACUGCUUUUGUUGUUAUACAGGUAUUUUUUUUCUAGCAAGGGUGUCACUAACAUGUACGGUGUACGGAAUCAGUAAAUGGAAAAUUGAACAGCUCUUUUGUUUCUAUUUCUCUUCUUUUCCAUAUGAAAGUAGCCAAAGAUCAUGCUCGUAGUAGCUGCGGGAAAUUCCUUGCCGGCGGCCCUUAGUGACAGCCCUUUUCUUGGAUGAAAAGGAAGGGGGAGGGGCAUUUUUUCUAGGUUACAUAGUUGAUGUCUUGCUCAGAAAACUCAGAAACCCUGUUAGACCAUUUUCCACACUGUCCUUUGUACUCUUCACAUAUACUUAUCCCUAUAAUGGAUGCUUAUAGAAAAGGUUGACACUGUUCCAUCGUAAGCAUAUAGUGCUGGCCCCCACGCUGUCAUGAUAUUUAUUAGUAUUUAUGUUUUUUUCAUUUUCAGUGAGCUGAUAAGAAAAUACCAACAGAAAUGUCUUGGUAUCCUUUAAAUAGUUUUUACUCAUGUUUUAGUCUCUUAGUAUGCAUUCAUUUAGAAAGGGAUACUUUUACAGCUAGGUAACUUAAGGGAAGUCACAAUGGCCUUAGUCCAGACUAGAUUGUUCACAGUCCCCCAUUUUCCCGUAAGUCGAGAUCGAACGCUUUACAUUAUCGGCAGCCAUCUUGGAUGAGUGUCAAAUCUACUUAGAGGUCGGGGGACAGUUUGGAAGGAAGGGAGAAAAAGUAGAGCUUUUUUCCUCACGUCCCUUCCCCCACUGCUUCAAACCCGAUGCCCGCCCCCUCGGGUCAUAUGAAACCAAGAUGGCCGCCUGUACCAAUAAGCUUUUGAUCCUAACCAUCUUACAAGAAAAUAGGAGACUGAGAACAGUCUAAGUCCAGACACAAGUUGUAAUAUUUUGUGCAAUGCUACAUGUUAAUUGCAGCAUGUGUCCACCUCUGAAGUUUGUCACCUUUAAGGCAAAGAAAACCAUCAUAUUUAACAGUAAUUGUGUGUUACAUGCGCAAAAGAAGGGUGCUGUUUAUUUGUUUUAUUGAUGAAAUUUUUUUCACAAUCAAUUGUUUCAUGAAACUAAGGGACAGUGGUGUUGCAUUGAUGGGACACAUUAUAAAACCAAAGAAAUAAUUUUAUCUUACAUGUUGAUAAGGGCAAAUUGAUAAUAAUAAUAUAAUAAUAAUAAUAAAUAAUGAUAAUAAUAAAUAACAAAAUAAUAAUAAUAAAAUAAAUAAUAAUAAUAAAUAAAUAAUAAUAAUGAUAAUAAAUAUUUAUAUAGCACCUAUACUUUUCAGUGCUAAGCGCUUAAAUUGAGAUUUAUGCUGCACGAUACUAAUGUAUGAUGAAGAGAACAACGUAUUCUCAGAGUUGAGUGUACUGGCUUAACAGCUGAUUUCCAUCUGUUUUGUACUGUCCUCAGGCUAAAACAUACUCUGCAGAAGACAAUUUUUCAAGAUAGUAUUUGGGUUUCACAUGAUUUUGCUACUUUGAAAACAAGUCAAAUUUUAACUCAAUCCAUUGGCCGUGAAUUUUUGUCACCAGCUGUAGUAACUGUAAGUUUACAAUUUUCAUAAGAAUUUAGUAUUUUUGGCGCCACACAAGAGCAUUGCAGAACUUAAAACGUCCAUGUGCAGACUUGAUAUGCCAAUUCAGGUGUGCUAGUGUGCAGAAACAGUUGGUUUCGAAAAAACGUCCAUGCUGUGCAGAUUUUUCCUGGUUGAAAUUAUGCUUAUAAAACACUUCUCACCACAUCUUUUUCUUUUUUCGUCCGAGAGCAAAAAGGAGAAAUUCAGGUUGUGAACAGGUCGUCCAUGUGCAGGUGUGCUAGUGUGCUGUCAGAAAUUGCAGUUGGUUGAAGGUCGAAAGAGCCAGUUUUAAUACUUUUGUAAACGUCUUUUUGUUUGACAAAGCCUUUCUGUGUAGAAAGCUGUGUACAGUACACUAUUUUUCCUGGUCAGUAGGGACCAAGGAAAUUAUCGCUUAAAAAACACUUCUCACCACAUCUUUUUCUUUUCGUCCGAGAGGAAAAACGGAGAAACUGCCGUUGAUGUAAUGUCAUUGUGGUGAUAAGAGUGAACAGGUUGACUAAGCGUAACAGGCUCACCAGUCUUGUGGCAUGGAAACCAAGGCAAACAAUUUGCUUUCUCCAAAAUAUUUACUUGCUCAUUGUUUACAAAACAGUUUUCUUGCUGUCUUCACCACCGAAGCUCUCAGGCCACGCAUUCGCCAACAAUACAAAAACGGGUUUAUGGAUGAGUUCAUGAAAACCAACGUGGUUGCGAAACUCCACCCUUUUUGCCAAUUUUUUUCCAAGAGAUACAGUGACAAAAACGUCGACAUUGGCAAGUAGAAGAGUACUAUCACAGUAAAGAACAGAAAAGAAUUCAUCGCACUCUUUUUCAAUUGCUGCAUAUUUGAGAUGAUACGUGUGUUCUCGUUUAGGGAAUUUAUCGCUUGUCGUUGACACUGGAUCUUUCUUUGCUGGCGGCGAACGAUUGUAAAUAUUCUUAUGUAAGAGCAUGUUGAAAUUGUGAGGCAAAGGGAAACACCAAGUGCUAUGAUAAAAAGAUAUACAGUCAUGCUCCAGAAGUAUACUCCUGACAAUAAGAAAAUCGCGAUCCACAUAAGUACUAGAGUGAUCUUGAUGCGAAAGGCGGUCACAAUUGUAGGAUAUCUCAAAUGAUAGUGAAGAGCGAGGACUCGAUCCACGCUUAUGGCUGUUAUCGAACACAGAGAAAUACCGCAUGUAGCGAAAGUCAGGACAAACCAUAUACUAUCUAGAGGAAGCGAUGUGACUAAGCCGCUUGUAAUAUAUAGUGGCUGUACAACAACACCAACUAGAAGAUCUGAAACAGCGAGGCUGCCCAAUAAAAGUAUGGACGGCGUGCGCAGCGAAGGUGUCCUUGAUAUAGCGGCAAGUAUUAAAGCGUUACCCAUUGUAGCUACCAGCAUCAAAGGAACGUUUAUGGCGAGGUUUAUGAGGAAAAGAGAAUCGCUACGAGACAUACUGGGCUUGAAGUUGGAAGCAUUCAUGUAAAACAAAUCCUACCAUAUGGACGAAAGUCCCUUAAUGCGAAGAAAAUUUAGCUUUGAAAGUGACUUCGCUUAAAUUGUCCUCUAUUUAUCGAAUUUAAGGAGAUUGAUUUUAGCUGGGUAAAUAUCUCUCGCGAAAUUGUCAAUCUAGUCUCAAGCACGUCCAUUUAAUGACCAAUAUUGCCUUUACAAUAUGGCCUUUUAUCUAUUUCUGGAAAAAGGAGAUCUCGUCAAUAUUAUACCGUGAUUUACAAGAAAAUCAGUGCCAGUAUGAAUUGCAGUAAAAUCAACUUACAAUACAAUGUUUCUCUUUAAGUUUUUUAUGAUUCAAUUUAUUAAUUUGGGUUUUAUAAUAUCGAGAUGUUUCCUGAAAUGUCGGAGGCAGAGUUCAUUUGACUCUACGUGAGUAAAUAAACUAAGUUUUGGUUGCAGUAAGUCGAAACUUUUUCUUAUUUUUUAUUUAUUAUAAAUUUAUCGGUCCAAACUACCUUCGUAAUCAGUAUUUCAUUUAAACUCAAAGAUAAUAAAUCGCGGAUAAGAUACCUUAUUUCGCAUUCUUAAAACGCAAAUGUCAUUCUAUCAUUCUUUUCGAGAUAAAAUUUCCUUCUAUUACGAAUCUAACACAUAUUUGCUUUUCUUCAUUCGGUUAUUUGUUUUCUCAUCUGUCAGAAAAUUUUCUUAAUACGCUGCGUGCUCUCAAAUAUUUACUGGCUUUGACAUCAUGAUCAUUAACGUGCAAUGAACUCAAAAAAAUCGAUUUUAUUUCACAGCGUUCCAUGCUUAACAACCUUUAGGGAAUGGCAAACCAGACACCUGUGAUAGAUCUGUGAUAAUCGUAUCUCUCCUAACCUUGUUACCGGGUUUCUCUCGUGCAUGACCCCCGGAACGAGGCUGGAAUCCGUCCCUAAUCGAUUUUUUGAGAGGAAAUGAUGGGUCGAUUCAGCUCGAUUCUCUACUUUUAGCAUUUUAGUGCUCGGUAUAUUGCCUUAAUUGCAUAUUUUUCUUUCGUAAGCGGUCGUUGCCAUUUUUAACGAUCGAUAACACCAUAUAUUGAUAUCAAGGCUUUUAGUUGUGGUAGAUGUUAUAUAUUCUCUGUAUUAAGUUACAAUAUAGUACAUUAAAAAUGCCGAUGUUUAAGCCCAAGUUGAAUUUACGUCAAAAGUUUGGUAAUGGGCUAGGGGCACCUAUUAUAUAGGCUUGUUUACCAGCCGGUGGUCGGGUUAACGAAUCUGUCAGUUUAUGCAUAAAAUUCAGUUUAUCAUAAUAUGACUUAGUUUUCCGGGAGUUAACUUAAAUGUUUUCAAAAAUUUAGCGGGUCAGAAUGGAAGAGAGAGGUUGGCAAGGGCCGGAUUCGAUUCUGGGUGGCGGACGUCUUUCUUAUUUUUUAGUAGAGACACUUUCAAUAACAGGCCAAAAACAUUUGAAGUGUUCUAAAAACGGCAACGGCCGUUUACGCAAGAGAAAUCCGUGAGGCCUUCCGCACGCACGUCAAGCCAGGCCAGUACAUGUGGGAAAUUAACUUUUCCUAAUCAUUUCACUUCUAAUAGUGACCAAAGAAAUUUUUAAAAGAUCAAAUUUCUUUGCAUAAAAUGGUAAGAAACUAAUAGCACCAGUCAAAAUUUCUGCCGAAGAGCGAUGUCGCCGUAACGAGUUCCAGAAGUGAAAUGCUAACACUUCCUGUUCAUCGAGUCAAACUAAUCAGUGGACACGCUCCUGAGGCUAACUCGUCCCCAGUCGUCUCUCACUAUCUUUCCCUAGUCUGAGCGCGCGGGGUUUGAUGGGAAGGAGGAAAGCGAGAGAGAGAGAGAGGUUUCCUCUCUUCUCCCUUCCCAUCACCCCCUGCACCCGCCGAGCGCGUUACGCGAAGAUGACUGGGGACGAGUCAGCUCCAAAGGUGUUGUUCAAAGCGUUUGGCCUAAGGGCUUUUUCUCCGAGUUUUCAUUUAUGGUACCCAUUUUUCUGUAAACAGAAAUGACCUUGGGUAUUUUUACUUUCUUCAGCUACCUGUGCUUUUGCAAUUAAAUUAAAACCACUGUAAAGAUGAGAUCUUUCCUUCACUUCUUGUAGAAUCAGAGAAAAAUCUCCAACAGGCCACCGACUUCACAGUAAAGUUAGAAGCAGCCGAGAUGUGAGUUAUUACUGAAGAAUUUGUUGUACACAAUAUUGCUUUUAUUUGAGCGUAUACCACUCUCCCCCUCCCACUCCACCCCCAUGCUGAUCAACCAGUUCAUAUCGAAGGUGUGCAUGUUAUUGGAAUAGUCCUGAGGUAUUUUGCGACCUAUGGAAAAGCAAACAGGAGCACAACUAGUAUUAUUCCUUGGUAUUUUUAUUCCAUUCAAGAUUUUACAUUCUUAGAUUUGAAAGUGUAAAUGGCAGAUUUGCGUAAUUAUAAACUGAACCGAGUUUUAAAGUGAAAGCAAGCGUAAAAGCGAUAACAUGUUGGAACAUUGCAUACAACGAAAUCACGCUACAUUUCUCUUACAGUUUCGCUCAAAACCAUUUGCGCACUGGCUCAUAGAAAAACUUCGGGGUUGCCUUUGCCGACAAAUUGCGUCAAAUUUAAAAUCGAUGAGAAUAAUUCGCAGUUGUCAUCACUUUGUCUUUGUCUUCAAUUUUAUUACAUACCGUAAAUUUCGAAAAUAAGCCCUUCCAUGUAUAAGCCCCUCCAAAUAUAAGCCCCCCAAACCGGUAACGCAAAAAACCCUCCGUUAAAUCGCCCCUCCAAAUAUAAGCCCCUGGGGGCUUGUACUUGGAAAAUUGUCCUCAAAUACAAGGUAAAACAAAGCAAAAAAGGUAAGCCCCUCCGAAUACCAGCCUCUCCAAAAAUAAGCCCCUCAAAAAGGGUCUUUGAAAAAUGUAAGUCUCGGGGUUUAUUUUCGGAAUUUUACGGUAUAUUGUCUGUUUUUUCUUUACAGCAAAAUUGAUGCCUUGCAGAAUCAGCUUACGGCAGCUUCACAAUCCACUGAGCCGUUAAGAAAGGUUAGUGCGCAUGCGCAAGUUGCAGUCCAUAUGUAAUAAAUUGAGAACUUUUCAAUUGAGUGUUAUCUUACUCAUUACUUUGGCCAAUUGUCACAACAUAAACUGACAUAACAUAUUCAAAUGAACCAAUCACAUCUUGAGGCUGAUCCACGCAUGCGGCGUCAACACCGUGUAAACGCAUGCAAACAAGUCGUGAUUAGUGAUUGGCUGAAAAAGUUCGGUGAGAUUUUUUAGCCAAUCAUAACAAAGUAUGUACGUAAUUACUUUCAACUCUCAAUUUAAAAUUGCUCUGGUAAGAAGAAAAUGCUCUCCGUUUGCGCGUUUAUUAUUUAACCCUUUAAGACCCAAUAGUGACCAACAUCAAUUUUCUCAUAACAAUAUCCAUAUGUUGCCAAGAGAAAUGAUUAUGAGAGUUAAUAAAAUGAUCACCAAAGAAAAAAUGCUUUGAUCUGUUAUCAAACUCUCUCAACCAUUUUUUUAAGGAAAUGUAUGAAGGUCAGUAUGGAGAAUUUACAUGUAAAUAUCGGGGCUUAAAGGGUUAAGUUCCCUAACUAUUGUCUCUGUACUGUUGUCAUUGUUUGCAGAAUGUGGCAAGAUUGCACAGGGAAAAGUGUUUGGCUGACUCAAAUGUAUCAGAUAUGAAAGAAAAAGUAUUGAACCUUGAGGUGUGUAUUCUUGAAAGAAACUGAUGUUUAAUGAACGAUUAGCGUUUGCUGGACAAAAUGAAACAAACUUAAAGGCAAAACUUACGCGACAUCUGUAAUGUUCAUGUUGACUUGUAGUGUCACUCUUGACUAAUUUGCCAGAAAGUAGAGAGAAGAAUCUUGAUCAAUUGUCAUGUGUCUUAUGCUACAUGUUAGUUUCUGGUUAUCCAUUUCUCUGCAGCUGUCGACCGUUUCUUUUGUCAUGCAGCGACGUUCACUGACGUGUCUAAAAUAACUUUCACAAUAGCUUUAAUUUGGUCGUGUGUUGUUCGGGUUUUUCUUGGUGUUGUGGAAACCAUUUUUGGUUAGUUGUUCUUUUAUAGUUUCAAUAUAUAUUUUUUUAAUAUUCACCAGUGUAACGUCAUUUGGAUAUCGCGGCAUCCGCAACACGAAGAAACUAUUCCCCUACGCUUUUAAUUGGCCAAACGCCUUUGCGCCACUUUUCCAACCAAUCAGGAGUGAAACCAGUCGCGUUUUCCCGCGCUUAUUGCCUGCUGCAUGCAAUUGUUCGGAGUGGCUCGUUUGAAACCUGCGUGGAUUUUGAUUGGCUAAUGUAACUACUUUGUCUUUUUAAUAAUCGCUUUGCAGAAACUGAAUGCGGAGUUGAUGAACUCAGCAAAGUUGAAGAGUGAACAGGAAUCUGCAUUGCAGUUGGAAAAACAGGUACAAGCGCAGGAGAUCCAAAAACAAAAGAAAAGGUGAGCACUACAUCAACAGGGUUGCCACAAUCGAGGUAGACUUCCCACUCGUCGAUCUCACGAGUUUCUAAGGGAGUAGACCGAGAUUUUUAUAGACUUGGCAAGUCUAUUAAAUCGGACGAAGGACUUUUUGAAAGUCUACGGCCAGGAAAAAGUCAGAAGAAACAAAAAUUUUGCAAGGUCAAGGAAAAGUUAGGGACUUUUAAAAAAAGGCCGGGAAAAUCUUUGAUAUUGUCAAAGUCAGGGAAUUCUAUUUUCCAUGUGAAAAGCUUAGAGAUUUUGAAAAUGAAGACAGGAAUAUUGAUGGUUUGCAAAAAAAAGCAGAAGCAAUGUGCACGUGGAUUUUUUUUAAUUAGAAAUCGCCUAAUGCAAGGUCAGUGAAAAUUGUUUAGAGGCCUGGGUUAAGUCAGGGAAUUUUUUAGUUUCUGUUGAGUGACAACCCUGAUCAAUGGGUUACAUAUCAAAGACAUUAAAUGUGGUAUUUCUGACGUUUUGAUGACGUUAAGGUUUUUCUUUUUUUUUUCAAUAUAAUUUAUUUUAAAAUGGAUGGUUAGACUUGCGAAGCGAAGGUUCUUUUCUCACGAAGAGAAAGCCAUUUGCGAGUGUCUCUUAACGUCUGUUUUAAAGCGAGGCUAAGUGCGAAGCCAUUGAUGUAAAAAUCAGUGAAUUUUUAUUAUCAUGUAAAUAAAAUUCAUUUUCACAAGAAAGGUUUUGCACUUAACCUCGAUUUGAAAGUGAUAGUUUUAUGAUCUUGGAAGUGGCUUAUUCAAGGGCGUCUGUUUCUUGCUACGUUCCUGGUCAACACGGGACAAAGUUUAUCAAGAAGAGCACUCCGCGAAAUCCAGCGUUUGUCCCUUUGAUACUUUGUUAUCGGUAAUUUCAUUCUGAAUUCAUUCCCUGUCUUUUUUAACAGUUUGGAGAAAAACGAGACAGCGAUUUCCAAGAUACAGGAACAACUUAAAAAAGAGAAAGGUUAGUGUCAGCCUUACUAUGUACAUAUUUAUUAUUAUUAUUAUUUUUGGUUAUAGUUUUACUUGUUUCAUAUGUUCACUUUAUAGGAAAAAAUAGAGAAAUAAACAAAUCACUGACGCAGGCCAACAGAAGGAUCAAACAGCUCGAACAACAACUUAAGAAAUUCAAGGUAAUAAUUGCCUAUGUGUAACUGUUUCUUCAGAAAUCGGUGUUUAAUCGAGACAUGCAGUUGGCCAGAGUGGGAUUCUUUAAAACGCCUUUUGGGUGGUGCUUCAUAUAAACCUUACUUUUGCAGUAUUUUUUUGUUGUUGUUGUUUUUUGCGCUCAUGCCUUGCACGUGCAAAUCGUACAGAAACAAAAGAUUUGCAAAAGUAGGGUUUACAUGAAGCACCAAACAAACAGGAAUUUAUUUUUCACUUAGGUCAAUGAUAAUUUUGAGGCGAGGUGGUCAAAAUAAUACUUCUUUGAUGUCCUCCACUGUCGUGUUGUUGUCUGAGAAAAACCUUGCUCCUUUUUGAAAACAUUUGACUGUUUUGAUACAUUUUUUAAUGGUAUAUCACCUCAUGUAGCUUUGAUAUUCACAAGCUAGACUAGGUACAUUUGAAACAUUUGCCUGUAAGAGUAGCUGCUCGUUCCCGACGAUCUUACGGAAAAAUAAGGGACUGUGAACAGUGGAAACGUCGAGGAGAGCGUUUCAACUAGCGAUAGCUAGGGAAUACACCGUGGUUUUCCUGUGUCAUAUGCAGUGGGUGACAUGUGGCGAGUAAACAAAGCUCCUCACUCUACCUCUUUUCUCGUAAACAGGAGGAAGCUGAAAAUUCAAAGCUUGAGAAAGAUUUGGGUGAGUUUUGGUGUGAUUUGUUUUGGCUUUUUUGUUUUGGUAGCAAGCGAUGACGAUAUUCUUCUUCCUUUAUUUCCCAAUGCAGCGAAAGCACUUGAUGAAAACAUAUGUGGUACAGCGAGAGCAAGUAAAACAAGGUAGUGUAUCUGAAUACCGUAAAAUUCCGAAAAUAAGUCCCUCCAUGUAUAAUCCCCUCCAAAUAUAAGCCCCCAAACCGGUGACGCAAAAAAACCUUCGUUAAAUCGCCCCUCCAAAUAUCAACCCUCCGGGGGCUUGUACUUGGAAAAUUGCCCUCAAAUACAAAGUAAAACAAAGCAAAAAUGGUAAAUUUAUUUCCAACUAUAAGGCUAGCCCAAUCGAUUUUGAAACGCAAAUUUCCCUCCGAAUAUAAGCCCCUCAAAAAGGGCCUUUGAAAAAUAUAAGCCCCGGGGCUUAUUUUCGGAAUUUUAUGGUACCUUAUUGGUUGUGAAAGAAUGAAAGACGGUAAAUUUUAAGCUCGGUGAAACAAAUGUGAAAACGAAAUAAUCAGCAUGUGACGAGCCUGGAACAAAGAAAAAAUCUGAGUCCCCGACAGGAUUCGAACCUAUGACCUCCCAAACUUUGGGCGGGCAUUCUAUCCACUUGAACUGCGGAGAACUCAUGGAGAGCGAGGCCAUGUACCAGGUUCAUAUUUGACACGCGUCCUGCAUACUGCUAGGAUCAGUAAUGUCGAUGUCGCAAUGUGUGGUGAAAGAAUGAAAGAUGCCAAAUUUUAAGCUCGGUGUUUGAACACCAAGGAAGCUGAUCUUUUACGACACGGUAACAACUUCUACUCGCCAUAUUUGCAGGGGCAUUUGUGCAGUAAUUUUCAAGAUGAUUAGUAAAUUCUUUUAGUUACAGACUCUUGUUGUUAAAACAUUUUUUCCCGCAGUUUGUUAGUGUGUUGUUUCUUCUUUGCAGGCAAAAACUUAAAAGUCGACUACCAGCUCAACUCUGCAACGAAACCAACGAUGACCAAUCGGAAUUCCUCCAUCCAAACCAGGACAUGGCACAUGUUUUAGAGGAGCUAAAAGGGUUAUCUGAUAUUAGUCUCAGUCUCAGUCCCCUUCCGCCAAGUCCUGACCGAGAAACACUGGAAAGCAGCAGCUCCUCAGAAGAGAGUGACGUUGAUAGUGGAGAAGAGGAUGAUGGGAACGCAAGUGAUGACGGAGAAAGUGAUUCAAGUUUAGGUGACCUUGCGGACAUGAUUAUUGGCGAGAGUACUGAGGCUGGUGAAUUGAUAGGUAGCCCUGAAGGACCAUCAGUUGGUUCUCCAGCUUGUGACGAAGAAUCCAUCUCCAACUUUGAAGUUUCAACGAGUGUAAAUAGCAAUGCUGAUAAUGAAGGAACUGAACACAAUGAAUCUUUAGCUGAACAUACGCAAAAGAACUUCAGUACCUCUGAAAGUAUAUCUUUAUCAGACUUCGCAGUGCAGACUAAUUUAGAAAAAAGAAUUUCUGAAAACGAAUUAUGUCUUGGACAAAGUGAUAUCUUGAAUCAAAAAGACGAAAAUUUUUUCGGAAGUUCUUCGGCCGGCGGUGCGAAGACUGAAAAGAGAGACCUCGGGAUUGACGUCAAACCCGAAGUGGCCUCCAAGUUAUCGCCCAAAUUCACAGCCGCGCAGCGAAAGGGAAAGCACCGUGUGGCCGCACCAACGUCACGUGUCAUGACUCGUUCCAGAGCCAAGGCGAUGAAACUCAGUGUCUCGUCCGAUGGUGACAGCGCAACAGAACCGGAGACUGGGGAAGAUGCGGAUUCUAGUCAAGCUUCUUGCCCGGAAUACAUUGCGGAGAGUUUAGAUACUGAGUUAAAACAUAAUCGGAAAUCGACGAAGGUUAGGAAAUUAGUUGCAACGGCAAAUACUUAUGGAUCGGACAAAUUAAGGGAAAGUGACCCAGAAGUCUUUGCAGAAGAGGGAGUUCAGAUCGCUGAUGCCGCUAACCAUAAUUCAAACAUCGAGGAGCUUGGUCACUCAGCAGCCUCUCUUUCAAGUAUGAAAAAAGAGGUUGUCAAUGACAAUGCCUCCAAUAACGCUGUGGUUAAACUGGACGCCGGUGUCGACAACAACGCAGCCACCACCACCACCACCACUACCAGUCCCAAUAACCACAACAUAUCUAUUGAUGAAGAAAAAUCCACCAAUAUCGCCUCUACCACAACUACGAUUAUCAAAAACAAUGACAACGGCAAUGCUAUUACCAGCAUCUUUAAUAACGACGACAAGACCGAUAACAUCGCUUCUACCGUUAGCGAUACGAACGACAUCAAGAACCGUUCGAGUAUUUCCAGCUGCGACAACGACAAAAUGACCAACAACAUCGCCUACGCCAUCAGCAAUAACAGCGACAACAGCAACACCAGCACCAGCAUCUCUGAUAACCACGGGAAGACCAACAACAUCGCCACUACCACUAGUAAUAACAACAACGACAACAAGAACAACGCCAACACCACCAGCUACGACAACGAAGACGCAACCAGGAGCAUCACUACUUCUAUCACCAAGAGCAACGACAAGGACAUGUGCAUUACUGUAAGCAACAGAGACAACAACAACUCAAGCUCCCCUACUAUCAUCGCGAACAACAACGAUCACACCACCACCACUUCCCUCAUCAGUAACAACGACAAAAUCUUGACAACAAGAAUUAGCAACGACAAUGGCCAGAUUCCGAAUAGACCUUCAAUUCGUGAGUCGGGUAUCAACAAUGACGACGCAAUAAUAGAAGAAAAAGAUAGCAUUGAUGAAAAAUCAUCAUUCGAACUCAGAAAUCAGUUCACUCAGAGUACAUCCGUUCUAGAAAACGACACAUUUUUGGUGAGUGAAGUGAGCGAGGAGGUAUUAUUAUGGGAUACCAAUAAAUGUAGUGUUGAUCAAAGCAUUUGUGUAUCUGUAUUACAAAAGGAUGAUGGGAUACUGGAACAGAAGGAAGAGCGUCUUGGCGACAAUAGCAAUGGAACUUCUGAAGAUGUCGAGAAUAGCAUCAAAAUUCCCAAAGAUGACGAGGGCGACAUCGGGAUUUCCGAUGUCGAGGAUAAUAUCAGGCUUUCCGAAGUUGUCAAAGAUAACUUGGGAUUUUCCGAAAAUGUCGAUGCUGAUAUGGAACAUUUUGAAAUUGGCGAGGAUGACAUAGGAAUCGCUGAUGUUGUGGAUGAUAUCGAAUUUGCCGAAAAUGUCCAGGAUGCUGUCGGAAUUCCUGAAGAUCUUGAGGAUGAUCUACAAAUUUCUGACGUUGAAGAAUCUCCUGAUUCAGCGUCUGCUGAAAAUAUAUCCAAAAAUGAACGUGAACUAAACAUUCCUGAAGAAGCGGGUUUGCCUAUUCAGGAGGGAAUGCAGUCCGCUGCUAUGUCACAUGAAACACUGCCUAACACAACGAUUGUAACUUUCUCAUUGAAAUCGGAAGAGGAAAGAUCUAUUGAACGACGCUCGACAAGCGUUGCCACUCUUCCAGCAACGGCUAAACUGACUCAUUUGGAAGACAGUAUCUCGGCUUGGAAAGAAGACAUUCCGAUGUCUUCUUCGUCCGUUCCAAGUUCAGAAACUUUAAAGGAUAAGAUCUCCGUAGCUGAAAGUCCAACCGACAAUUUUAAUCAUGAUCUUACAGCGACACAAGCAAAAGUUACAUUAACGUCAACAACGAGAUCUUCAGACCCAAAGCGAAAAGUUGGAAUUUCCAAAACCACUGUGAAAAAAAGAGUGAUGGGCAGUACUUUGAAUAACGAAUUUGGGCGCUCGUUUAAAGAGAAACGGACCGAGCUUUCGAGAACUAGAAACUCGCAAGAAAAAAAUUUAAUAGACUUUCCCUCUGUUACUACUCAGGAAGCUAAGGAAAUUUCGAAUGAAGAUAGAAUGUGUGACGAUAGUGACAGCGAUUUUUCCAAUGUUGGAGCUACAAUCAAAGUGAUAGAGAAAACGUCCGUUCCUUUAUUAGGUGUAUUUGGAACAGAGAAUGAACUUCAAGAAAGUAAAUCUUUGCACGCACCUUAUGAAGUAGAUUCGCAGGAGCAGGCAAACAUACAUUCUGAAGUAAUAGACGAUUUGUCGAUAAACAUUUUGAUGGAUAACCUUGGAGUUGCUCUGGGGGAUCAAUUCCGCACUUUAUCCCCUCUUCCGCCCUCUCCACGCCCCUCAGUUGAAGAAAUGUGUCGCGUUUCUCCAGUUGAGGACUUAAUCGGGGAUUUCCCUCCUCUUUCACCGCUCCCUCCGUCACCUUGUUCUCUCGAGGAGAAAUCGUCUCCGAAACCUUCAACUUCUGUCGCCGUUUUCUGCAAGCCAACACAGAAAUACGUCAGCGACGCAACGAACAUUUCGACAUCCAAACAACAUCAACAAUUGACAUCGAGUUACACUGAGCUUGGAACAAAGAGUAUCAGGAGAAUAUCGAGAAUUAAUCAAGCUGAAAAUAUUACGAAAACGUGCUAUCCUGACCUUUCACAGAAGAAUAAGACAAUUAAGAGUAAAACAGGGAUGUCGAAGCCAGUUUAUCUGAAAGAAAGAAAAUCACUGAAGCGUCUCAUUCAACGAACUACUUCUGAAUCAUCAGGAAAUGAUGUUAAUAGUGGUUCUCAGUCCAAAAGAAUAAGAACGGUUAAUCAAACACAAGAAACCUCUUCUGUGGUGCAAGGAUUGGAAGCUCAAACAUCAAUGACCACCGGUACCAAUAAGGAGGGAAUAUUGGACAUAGAUACCAAUGAGGGACCGAUGUUGGCCAAUACGUUUGAACAACUAUCAAAGAGUCUUACUGAAAAUAAGCACUCAGUACCGAACAAAGCUAAUGCAAAAAACAUAACAAACACAGCUGAGCCAAAAGACAGCAAAUAUCGGCCUCUUUCAACCCGACCGAAAUAUCAGUCUGAAUAUAAGUACGUUGAAAAGUGUCUGGUACGUUUACGUAACGACAAUGUAAGAAUAAGCGUGGUAGUUGAGAGACUCACCAGUGCUAAGUGCCUCUCCUCUUGUACCAUUUUCACCUCUGCUGUUGUUCAGUUUCUUAAAAAGCGCGAGGAUGACUUGAUGCCAGAAAUUCUGAACCAGCUUGAAGCAAUUCAACCAGAUGGCGAUUCUGUGGAAUGGAAUCCUGUUGAAUCUGGUUUUGAAGCACGUUUGUUGGAGUUACUCACGCAGUUGCGUGACAGUGAGACUAUAUUUGGAAACGUUUUUUCCCAGAUGGUAACGCUGUGUUCUCGGAGUUUGAUCACAACUUGCUGUCACUCUAGAGGUGACAAUUUGAAAGGAACCCUAUCUCUUUGGUAAGUACCUAAUUAACAGACAAGAAAAGGGUGUGACGUCACAAACAUUCAAAUUUGUGAAAUUAUGUGAUUGGUUUGCCUUGGUUAGGCUAUUCAGAAAGAACAAAGUGAAAAAAGGCCCCUUGCCAAAAGUCCGCCUGUUGUUGCAAAUUGGUGAGGAGAUAUAAGCAGCGCUUUGCUCUGGUGACUCCAUACAAAUCCUUCUAAAAUUGGCUUGAACGAUUUGUAUGGAGCCAUCAUAGCGUAACGGUGCUUAGAUGUCCUCACCUGUUUGCACUAACAGCCUGAUUUUUAGCAGGUAAACAUUUUUCGUCUUGUUCCUUCUGGAUAUGCCAAUCAAUGCCAUAAUUUCAAAAAGAAGCUCUUGUGCCGUUAUCACUUGUUUUCUCUAUUUAACGAAUGUUUAACAACAAUGCAGUAUUGAAAGAAAUUGCCUAAGAGGUUUUUGUACAAACAACUACGAAAAGAGUUUUUCUUGCUUUUCCUAUUUUUCCAGUCGUGUCUUGACCGGCAGUUGUCAGAUCCAAGAAGAUCUCGGUUGCAUUCGAGUUGUCUGUUAUGACGUCAUGCGUUCGCUGUACAAAUACCAGAAUUCAGGCUUAGAGCUGAUAGUUUCCAUGGUAACAGUUUGGCCAGAAGUGCUGAAAACGUCGUCACGCUUCUCGGAUGAGAAACAGUCGCUUAUUCUUCGUACAUUGAAGGUUGUGUUGUUGUAUUGGGCGAACUCAGCGACGGAUUUUGGCAACGUUCUCCGGGUGCUUUGCAUUUGGAAAGACGAACCAGUGACCAUAGAAACAGUCAAAGAUUUUGGAAUGCAACUGUCGAAAUUGCUUAAUGAAGAUACAAUGGCUAAUUUCUGCAUUGGUGAAGGUGAGUGUUAAACGUAUAUAGUUUUCUGGGAAACUGCCUACCUACCCCUCUCCUAAGCCAACAACAUUUUGCCGUAAGUGAGAAGGAACUGAAAAUGUUGGCUUAGGGGAUGGGUAGGUGGGCAGCUUCCCAGAAACCUGAGACUGAUCCUACAUAUUUUAGGUUAAAGUGCCAAAAGGGAAUUGUUUCAGUGUGAAAAACAGUAUAAACUCUGUUAAUAUUGGCUUAAAAAUGGAGUAAAUUGCUGCCGGUGUGACAGUGGGUAUAGAGACUGCUUCUUCUGCUGGAAAAAAAAAAGUGGUUAAUCUUGAUCUACUUAUUGGAAACAUGCCAAAAAAUUCAACGGCAUUCCUCUAAUGAGUGAUGCGGCCAAAGUUUUGGUUUUGCAUUGUUGCGCACUGUGAUUGGCUGAAGAAUAUCUUACCACUUUCUUAGCCAAUCACAUGUAAGCUAAAGGUACACGUUUUCCCGCGUUUGCGUAUGCUUCAGGUUUGCGUCGAGUUUAGAUUGGUCGUGGCUCUGUUCUGAUUGGCUAAAAAAAAUUACUCUGCUUCUGGUCUCUGGAUAGUCGAAGGAAGACCGCUCUCUGUACCGAACCAGGGACGGAUCUAGGGGGAGGGUGCAGGGGGUGCGCACCCCCCCUGAGAUGACCUGCGGUUUUCUAAUACAACUGGUAUUCUGCAAAAAAAACCUAUGUGGUUUAUUGGUGUUGAAGUAGGGCAAGAGACGAGUGCACCCCCUCCUAAAAAAAAAUCCUGGAUCCGCCUCUGCGAACAUUCAGUAUCAUUGAUUACGUUCAACCAAUUGCUUUUUAAUGUGGUUUAUGUUAAAUUUAGACGGAACUUUGGUCGCGGACAGACAUUCAUUUGAGCUCCUCAAGUCACUUGAGUUAUUGUCCUGUGUUCUCGGUUGGCCAUGGGUCUUCAAUGAGCUAAUAAUCAACAACAUAUGGAGAAUACUGCAGAAAUGGGCAGACGAAGAGCCAGUUGCGGUGAAACGUGAUGAAGACACUUUGACAAUUGGCGAACCAAAUGAGAAUCUUGAAAUAAAUCAAAGUCUUUCCACCAGGAAAAGUGACGUUUAUGGCUGUCACACAACAUCAGUGAGAAGUGUGGGCUGUCACACAACAUCAGUGAGAAGUAUGGAACGAAAAGCUGACGAGUUGAACUGUGAAAUCGCACGUGAAAUGUGUUCAAACUGUGGACAUGUGACUGCUGUUAGGCUUCCAGAAUCUCAAAUUAUUCUUUGCAUUCAACUCUUAGGUGGGUUAAAUUCAGUAUUUAAUCAAUUAAGACACUUAACUAUUAACUGCCUGUCAAAAUACUAAACUUGAGGCUCGAAGCUCGUGCUUGUCUAAUAGUUAGCGCCUCGUACGUCGGAUCUAAAGGUCUGCGAGAAAUCAAGCCUCUCUAUCACAAUUUUUCCUUAGACAAGACCCGUUGAGGGUUUGCGCUGGAAUUCUCCGCCUAAGCAUGUAGCUAGUUACUGUGACGCACACGAUCAACCUCGUUCCCAGGGCGAGAGACAGAACCCUGGGAACGAGGUUGGUACAUGAUAUUGUAUGAUGGCGUCAUUUUACUACUAUGACCAGGAUCCUUCAGGGUUUUGCUUUCUUCUUCAAAUUAGGGCUUUUGUUAUUUAAACCUCACUGGGGCUACAAAAUUUAAAUAUGAAAAGAAAACCGUCAUCGUGCAAAUGGCCUGUUUCGCGUACUAUCGAUUUAAUGCGUUUAGCGGGAACCUACUUUCACGAGUUUCAAAAAUAUCUUGGGAGGUAUUUUGAUCAGAAUCUCUACUUAAAAAGCAGAAUUAAGGAUUUUAAAACUACUUGUCAUUAUAGCCUAAUACGCUCUUCGUUUGCAGGGAUUUUAUGCAGGAUUGCUGUUGAAAAUAACCAAACUCCUGUGCCUGAAGUAACAAACCUUUUAUGCGGACUGAUGGAAGAAGCAACGAACUCGAAAGGUAUGAAACACUUUCCGUGAUGCUCUGGAAGAGCUGUUCAAUUUUCGUUUCAGGUGGCCACAUAUAGUGCAGUACAUCUCCUGGAUAAAGUUCCUGGAUAAACGUUAUGCGACGUUUGAAGAGCAGUUUGUCGAUUUUUGGUGGGAAAGCAUCUAUAAUAUCUCCGUCUUUAUGGUCUUUGCGGACUGAUUUUAUAAGCUGAUCCUUGAUGACGUCAAUGUUUACAUUUUUGCUCAUUAGCAUACGGGUUAAAAAAUAGAGGACGUCGCCGUAUAUGCAGAUAAUAUUCAAAAAUUGAAAGAGUUGGUUAAUUUGAGCACUUUGUCCAAGUUUCAGCUCUUUGCAACCAAUAACAAAGGAACUAUCAGCAAUCAAAAACUGCGAAAUUGCUUGUUGGCAAAAACGUUAAUGAGCUUAUACAUACUUUUUUAAGCUUGGGGGCUUUCAAAGAUAAUUUUCUCCGGCAUAUCGGGCUGGAAAUUUUAGAGAUAACUGAAAUUGUUCUGUUCUUUUAAUAUGCAGGGAUUUUCUGUUAUAAGCUUCAUCAGAUAAUGAUAAGCAUAUGUAAAAUUAGGCAAAAAAUGUCAACAAGGAUUCGCCUAUAUACAGCAUAGUGAACAGUACGGGGGAAGUUCUCGUCUAUAGCUGUCAUUUGAAUGCGCUAGUUUUAAAACAUUUCUUUUUCUUUGUAGUGACGUAUGCCAUACAACUCGCUGCUGCAGUUUCUCUUCUCGACAUGUCUCCAUGGCAACCAGAUAGAAUGAUCGCUGUUCUCGGCAAGUGGCUCGCAGAACUGAAGGAGUUGGGCUCUCACCAGGCUCCCGCGUGCGUGACAGACGGCCUGGUGUGUCUAAAGAGUAUUGCUAAAUCAAAACAAACUUAA